CUUUCUUCGAUGUGAUCCGACACGGAGUUGGACAGACUCGCAUUUCUGUCCCCGGAAUGUGCUAAUCGCGCCUCAACUUCCCCCUCGCUUUUGCCAAUUUCGCCCCUCGUGAGUGUUGUUUGGCCGCGCAUUUUCCUCUGUGCUUCUCGGGAUAUUUAAUUUAGUGAGCAAAUUAAUCAGUGCGUGUGUUUUUAGUCGAAAAUGGCUCUAAAGUGGUACUUUAUUGCUGUAUUUUUGGUCAUGGAACUGUCUAGUCUUACAAAUGGUUUCACGUUGGCAAAUUUUACUUCAAGACAUAAACGACAGACUCGCUGUGGAGAGUAUGAUUUUGUGUGUGACGAUGGCAAUUGCAUAGAAGAUCUACUGCGAUGUGAUGGGAAAAAAGACUGUCCAGAUGGAUCAGACGAGACAGGAGCAUGUCGGCAAUUGAAGUGUCCUAAGUACGCUUUCCGAUGUGCCUAUGGAGCCUGCAUUGACGGAUCGGCAGAGUGCAACGGAGUAAAAGAGUGCAUAGACGAAUCCGAUGAGCUGACAAUCAGAUGUCCGGGAAUCUUAGAAUACCUCAAGGAUAGGGGAAAUUGCUCGGAGGGAUACAGUCAGUGCCGUUCAGGCGAAUGUGUCUUCGAGGAUGAGUUGUGCAACGGAAAGGCAGAUUGUCCAGAUGCAUCUGACGAAUACCUGGCGAGAUGCUUCAAUUACUACUGCCCUUCGUAUGCUUUCAAGUGCGACUAUGGCGCCUGUGUGUCUGGCGAUUCUAAGUGCAAUGGGAAGUACGACUGCUUUGACGGAUCGGACGAGGCUGAAGAUCUGUGCGGGAAACCACCUCCACCCAUUGAGAGUACACCUCGACCACCUGGCCACGAAGAGACUGUUACUCGUCCUCCGCCUCCGGGUGCUUGCAAAGCUCCCAUCUUUGAGUCUGGCCGAAUGUUCGCUACCAACAAUGCGGAGAUCUUCCCUGGACAGAUCAUUGAGAAUGGGCAAAUUGUGAAAUUUCGUUGCGUUGCAUCUCAAAUUUCCGAGGAAACUCAAGUCUACUGCAUCAGCGGAACAUUACUCCCAAGAAUUCCGCAGUGUACUCGCCACUGCUCUAAUGUUCGCAUCAACACUCUAUCUGUGAAGGCUGAUUGCAAAACGCCAUCCGGAGGAACGGACUGCAGCACUGAUCUGCCACCGGGAACUGUGGUUAAUCUUAGGUGCAAGCAAGGUUACACAAUGCCAAAAGAGUUUGUUGAGACCCGAAUCAAAUGCUUAGAUGAUGGAAGUUGGAGUCAUCAUAUCUUCAAAUGCAACCAAGUCUGUGGCGUUAUUGAGGAAGGUUAUGGUUUGGUGAGUGGCGGUGAGGAGACUAACAUCACCCAGGUUCCCUGGCAAGCAGCCAUCUUUGAACGUAUCAGUGGACGCUUUAUCCAAAUUUGUGGAGGCAGUAUUAUAACGCCGACCGCCGUGGUCAGUGCAGCGCAUUGCUUCUGGGAUAGAUCGAAAGGAAAGAAGCGGGAUGCCAAUGACUACCAAGUGGCGGUCGGAAAGACUUACAGAGACUACUACCUCAAGGAGGUGACAGAGGCUCAGUUCUUCAAUGUUUCACUUAUCAAUACCGUGAGGGAAUACAAUGACCAAGGAGGACUUUAUACAGGAGAUAUUGCAAUUGUAGAACUCUCGGGAUCCAUCGAAUUCGGGUCAUACAUAAAACCAAUCUGUCUCAUACCAACUGCCCUCGGAAAUGACAAGUACGUCCUAUCCGGAGAUUUGGGACGCGUUGCGGGAUGGGGAAUGACUCAAACCGGGGAUUACAGUUCAGUGCUCAAGACGCUGGAUCUGUACACGGUGGACUAUGCCACGUGUCGCGCGAAUUCGACGGAUGCCUUCAAGGACUUCAUAACUUUCGACAAAUUCUGCGCCGGAAAUCCCAGGAAUAGCAACGUCUGCUCGGGCGACAGUGGCGGAGGAUUCAUGAUGCCCAUGAAUCAGACCGUGAAUGGCAGGCUCCGGCAGGUUUUCUACCUGCGAGGCAUCGUGAGCGUGGGUGCUUUCAAAGGGCUGCAGUGCUUCGAGAGCCAUUACACUGCCUUCACCAACAUCCAAUAUUUCUUUGAUAUCUUCAACAAGUAUAUCCUCUAAGAUUCAGACUUUCAUCGAAUGAUACUUACGUUUCUGCAUAUUGCUGUGAUGAUCAUUCAUUUUUGCCUGAAAAGAAGAGACAAUCAGUAAUGUUAAUUAUGGGAUAUUAUAUAUUAUAUAAUUUUUAAAAAGAGAGAAUAACCUGAUAAAUCAAUGAAAGUAAAGACAAUAACAUAGGAUUACUGAAACGCAAUAUAUAUCUAUAAAAUAAACGUAGAAUGUAAUGAGAUACAUUCAAAAAGAGGAAUUCAAAUUACACUGAGAACAUUCAAAGGAAAAUCAGC